GGUCCCGCCCCCUGCUUCCCAGGCCUGGCCCCCUCCCUCCGCCCUCCAGCCGGCGGCGGUUGUUGUUCAGCGGCGGCGCUCGCUGCUCGGGUUGCAGCCUCCGGCAGCCCAUCCGUCCGCCGGCUGGUCCGUGCGCGCGGCCAUGGAGCUGGAGGUGCCGGACGAGGCGGAGAGCGCCGAGGCGGGGGCCGUGACCUCGGAGGCGGCCUGGGCCGCGGAGAGCGGCGCGGCGGCAGGUGUGGCCCAGAAAAAGAUGGCCCCGAUGGAGGCCCCGUUAAUGACUGGACAGCCAGGCCCUGGCCAUGGGAGGAAGCUGGGCCAUAGGGGUGUGGAUGCAUCCGGUGAAACCACUUACAAAAAGACCACAUCUUCCACUCUGAAGGGGGCCAUCCAGCUGGGCAUUGGCUACACCGUGGGCAACCUGAGCUCUAAGCCAGAGCGCGACGUGCUCAUGCAGGACUUCUACGUCGUGGAGAGCAUCUUCUUCCCCAGUGAAGGCAGCAACCUCACCCCCGCCCACCACUUCCAGGACUUCAGGUUCAAGACCUAUGCGCCCGUCGCCUUCCGCUACUUCCGGGAACUUUUCGGGAUCCGGCCAGAUGAUUACUUGUACUCGCUGUGCAACGAGCCGCUGAUCGAGCUGUCCAACCCCGGUGCCAGUGGCUCCCUCUUCUACGUCACCAGUGAUGACGAGUUCAUCAUCAAGACGGUGAUGCAUAAGGAGGCCGAGUUCCUGCAGAAGCUGCUGCCCGGCUACUACAUGAACCUCAACCAGAACCCUCGGACGUUGCUGCCCAAGUUCUAUGGGCUGUACUGCGUGCAGUCAGGGGGCAAGAACAUCCGCGUGGUGGUCAUGAACAAUAUUCUGCCACGCGUGGUCAAGAUGCACCUCAAGUUCGACCUCAAGGGCUCCACGUACAAGCGGCGGGCCAGCAAGAAGGAAAGGGAGAAGAGCAUCCCCACCUACAAGGACCUGGACUUCAUCCAAGACAUGCCCGAGGGUCUCCUGCUCGAUGCUGACACCUUCUCCGCGCUCGUCAAGACCCUGCAGCGGGACUGCCUGGUGCUGGAGAGCUUCAAGAUCAUGGACUACAGCCUGCUCCUGGGCGUGCACAACAUCGACCAGCAGGAGCGGGAGCGGCAGGCUGAGGGCGCCCAGAGCACGGCAGACGAGAAGCGGCCGCUGGGCCAGAAGGCACUCUACUCCACGGCCAUGGAAUCCAUCCAGGGCGGGGCUGCGCGCGGGGAGGCCAUCGAGACGGACGACACGAUGGGCGGGAUCCCCGCAGUGAAUGGCCGAGGGGAGCGUCUGCUGCUGCAUAUUGGGAUCAUUGACAUCCUGCAGUCCUACAGGUUUAUCAAGAAGCUGGAACACACCUGGAAGGCUCUUGUCCACGAUGGGGACACCGUCUCCGUCCACCGGCCCAGCUUCUACGCUGAGCGCUUCUUCAAGUUCAUGAGCAACACGGUCUUUCGGAAGAACUCCUCCCUGAAGUCGUCACCGUCCAAGAAGGGCCGCAGUGCCUUGCUGGCCGUUAAGCCCCUGGGGCCUACAGCCGCCUUCUCAGCCAGCCAGAUCCCCAGUGAGCGGGAGGACACACAAUAUGACCUGCGGGGGGCCCGCAGCUACCCCACGCUGGAGGAUGAAGGCCGGCCCGACCUCCUGCCUUGCACGCCGCCUUCUUUUGAGGAGGCCACCACCGCCUCCAUAGCCACAACCCUGUCCUCCACAUCCCUCUCCAUCCCAGAGCGGUCCCCUUCGGAGACAUCAGAGCAGCCACGGUACAGGCGGCGCACACAGUCCUCCGGACAGGAUGGCCGGCCACAGGAGGAGGUGCAUGUGGAAGAGGAUGUGCAGCAGAUUACGGUGCAGGUGGAGCCCACUUGCAGCGUGGAGAUCGUGGUCCCCAAGGAGGAGGACGAGGGGGUGGAGGCUUCCCCGGCCUGUGCCUCUGCUGCUGUUGUAGAAGCAGAAACCACCAGCCAGGCCUCAGAGCCCGCCAGCCAGGCUUCGGACGAGGAGGACGCGCCUGCCACUGACAUCUACUUUUUCAUGGAUGGGAGGUACUGGAUUUACUCUCCCCGGCAUCGCCGACUGCGGGCCAUGACGCUGAGCUCCUCAGGGACUCCCACCGAUGACAGGAGCUGGGUUUACUCCCCACUCCACUAUAGCACGCAGGCCCACCCAGCCUCCGACGGCGAGAGCGACACAUAAUCUCUAUGUAGUCACCGACCCGGAGCAGAGUGCCCACUGCCACCCUGGUUGCUUCCUGGAAGCGCUACCCACCCAGUUCAGCCCAGAGCGUGGGACAUGCCGCCUGGCCACCGCUGGACUUUGCUCGCCCACGUCCUCCCCUCUGCGACGGUCGCCAAUGCUCCAAGCUGCAGAGUGACGGCCCAGGCUCCGUCAACUACCUAUGCCUUUGAUACUGUGAACCUUUCUGAAUUUCCAAUCACAUAUUUAUUUUGGGUCCUUACUCUUUGCACAGAGAUGGUGGCACAUGUGUGCUUUUUUUAAAAAAAAGAAAGAAGAAAAACACAACGGAAAAAGAGAUUCCAUUCCAUGCACUUUUUUCAUUUUUUGCUGUGCUUGCAUGUGUCUUGCUGAGGGAACAAAGCCCAUUGGCUUUGGGGACCUGCACCCCAGUGGCCUGGUCACCCUGACUGAAAAUCUAUGCUCUGAGUCUCAGCCGGCGCCGCCCUGCUCCGCCUCUCUCCAUCUUGGAUGGAGCUCCUAGAAGGAAAGGGCCAUCGGGUCCCUACUGGUCCCCAGGGCACCUCUGGAGGCCGCCCACCCGCACCCAGCAGCCACUCUCAGCUCAGGUUUGCGGGCUAUGUGCUGUACAUCCAUCCUUGGGGGAGGCUGACCGGUGGCCUGGGGGUGGCUCUCCACCCUACGGACCCUUCCACUUCUCAGUGUCUGUUUCUCCACCACCACCACCACCCCAGAUGACUUGGGAGCAGGAAUCACCGGGCAGCGACUGAAAUUCGGACACAUGGCCGCCCCCUCUCAAUGGAGCUCAGGGCUGUGGCUGUCUCUCUCCUUCACAUGGAUGGCUCAAUGUUGGGAGGACAGGGCCCAAGUGAUGAGAGACAUCCUUUCAAAGCAGGAUUUCCCCCAACACGUCCAACUCUGAGAGGAUGCGGCCAGGCCCUCUGCCACGCGACUUCCGGAGAGCUUAUGUCCUGGAGCAGGGGCCCUCCCCAUGGGCAGGCCACACGGCCUAGAGGGACAGACCCUCUCCAGCAAAGGUUCCCCCCAGACUUGGGUGGGCAGGCUUUCUCAUUUUUAAAUGAUAGUGACACCUGUGACAGUUAAAAGGGGAAGAAAUUCUUCAUGAAAAACAAUUUUUUUCUUUGGUUUGUCAUCUUCAGGACAGCCACUCCUGGGCCCAGAGUCCCAUGGGGUGGCUGCCAGAGUACCCUGCUGUGUCUGGAGGGGGCUGCUGGAGCCAACAGCUUUGCAGGGUCUCUCCUGCCGCUAAGCAGAUUCACUCCCACCUCCUGAGAGGUGGAAUGUCAAUGAUGGCUGCCUCCUGCCCGCUCUGCAGACCCCCACUGCAGCUCCACAUGGGAGGAGCUGGGAGCCAGCUCAGAGUGGAAGCCGUACCUGGAAGAAUUUGUGACCAGUCCUCGCCUCCCUGGUAGAGGCUGAGACAGCUAGAGACCCCACCAAUCCAGGAGUCUGAUUUUUUGAGUCUGUUGCGAGCUGUAUACACUACUGCCUCUUGUCCUCCCUUGUACAGCCUGCUGGAGGGAACCUGUUGGCCUGGCUGCCGUCAGCUCCUCCCCGGAGAACUAGACUGUGCCCUGGGGGUUCACCCCUCGUUGCCCCUGGGGCAGCACCUGGCUCUGAGCAGGGUUGCCGGGGACACUGCACAACCUGGGGAAGGUGCCCCCCCAGAGGACCUGUCAGAACAAGCUGGUGGGUGGCCCAGACUAGAAGCAAAACGGCCUCCUCUCCUUCCUAUCUAUGGAGGAUUUGUCCAGAUCCUGGGAGCGCCCUCACCUGGAUUUCAGACCAGUGCAGACAUGCCGGCCACGUGCCACAAGUCUCCAGUCUGUCCCUGACUCAUCCCACCAAGGGGGCAGGCAGGCUGAGCGGGCAGAGCUCUGAAGAUACAUCUUGGACCUCGAGGAUGAACCGGGACAGCUGUAUCACCCAAAUGCCGACGUGGGCAUCCCCACCCAGGCUCCCAGAGACAUCGUGAGUUCAGGUGGGGAUACCCAGAGCAGCAGCCACAGUCCUUAAGCAGUGGGCGCUGUAUCCAAGGCCACCUCGGCCUCCGGGAGCUAUGAGGAGGGGAGCCACCCGCGUGGCCAUCAGGUCCCCGGUCCCUGCUGGGCCCCUCAGGUUCUCCCGAGUGGAUCACGGAACAAGUGCAUGGUCAGAUGCUGACUUGUAGGAGAAAUUUGCAAACCUGGAUAUCAUGACAUUUCUAUUUUCAUGUUAAGUCAUGAAGAUCCCAUUGGAGACCAUUUUGUGUUACAUUCUUUGUCCCAUUUCAGAGAUUGGUAACCUCAAUGUUAAAGUGGUCCCAGAACUGUUUGGAUGUGAGGCAUUUUUUUAUUCUUUUUGGGGGUGGGGGGAGGCAAGACCUUAUUUAUAAUAUGUAGUGAACUCCUGACCUUCGCCAGACCGCCUGCCAGGAAGUCCCUGGACUCACCCAGCUGUUGCCCCGCCCCCUCCAGGAUGGAAAUCUGUCCAUUGGCCAGUUUCCCUCCUGGGUCAUGCCCCUCCCUCCAUGGCUGCCCGUCACUGAGAAUGUGGGCAGCAUCUGACUUGCUGUACUGUAAAAACGAAAAGCAUUUCUUGAGACUGACAAGUGGGACUUUCUGUGAGUCCCCUGCCAGCCUCCUCUCACUACCCCUCCUACCACCUGGCUCAGUGCAAUACUCCCAUCCCCAGUGGGGUCCCUUGCCAUGGUACUCUUCCUUGCAGCCCCUCGGUCUCCACCCCAACCUCAUUUUUAUGGCUGACCUGAUGUUGAAACACAACGAAACUGCAAACCUUGUGUGUCUUAAUUUUCACCAGGGGUCCUGUGUCCUCAGCCCAAUGUCUGGUGUGCGACAAUCCAGAGCACGGCCUCAUGUGGGCGCCUCUGACCGUGCAGCCACUGCUGGCCCCAUAACACUCGUAUGCAGCCCUGGGCCCCAUCCCUGCCCCUUUAUACGUUGAAGAGAUCUAAUAAAUUGGGUAAGAAGCUC